ACGCCAUUUCAGAGAACGCGGACUCACUAGUUAAUUAGUCAACACUGGUUUCCAAUCAACCAUACCCCAAUCGGAUCAUAUAUUUUACAGAUCCCCAAUUGCAAAACCCUAGAAUCCCAACAUGGAUCCGAUCGUCCGCGUCCUCGAGGUCGUCCCUUACAGCAUUCUCCGGCCGCCGCGUCUCCGCCUGAAGCUCCCCUCCUUCUCCCUCCCCUCCGCCAUGACCGUCUACUCUCUCAUCCUCCUCACCUACUUCAUGGUCGUCUCGGGCAUCGUCUACGACGUCAUCGUUGAGCCCCCGGGCAUCGGGUCGACCCAGGACCGGGCUACUGGAGCGGUCAAGCCGGUGGUUUUCAUGUCGGGUCGGGUCAACGGGCAGUACAUUAUUGAGGGGCUCUCGUCCGGGUUUAUGUUCGUGCUUGGUGGAAUUGGGAUUGUGUUGAUGGAUUUAGCGCUUGAUAAGAAUAGAGCCAAGAGUGUGAAGGUUUCGUUUGCGAGUGCUGGGAUUUGUUUUGUUGUGAUUGGGUAUGUGAUGAGUAUGCUUUUUAUUCGUAUUAAGAUCCCCGGUUAUCUACGUUAGAGUUUUCCAGAUGUUUUCUAUUUCCUGUUUGUUGAUUCGAGAAAUUGUUUCGUAAUGCUGAAUGUUGGAAGAUUUAUUUAUAUGUUUAGUUAAUUUGAGGUGAAAUGUAGUUCCCGGGAAUGGAAAUUUUAAUAACAAACUUAAGGUUAUGGUUUCUUUCA